GGAGGGGACCGGCGGCGGAGGCAGGAGGGGGAGAAGGAGGGGAGGGGCCGGGCCCCUUGUCUCCGCGGCUCCUCUCCUCAGUCCGCCCGGGGAGGAGGAGGAGGAGCGGGGCCAGCCGCCGCCGCCGCCGCCGUCCCAGCCUCGCCCCGCGCACCUGAACUCGCCGCGCCGCCCGGGCCCCCGCGCCGCGCCCCGCGCCCCGCGCGCCCGGCCCGCGCGCUGCGCUGCCUCGGUGCCCCGGCGGGGCGCGUCCCCCGGGCCGCCUCCCGCUCUCCCGCGGCUCGCGUGGCCGCGCCUUUGUGUGCGGCGGCCGCGGCUCCCGGGCUCUUCGGGCUCCGGUCGCAGCGCUCUUGCGGCCCCGAGCCCCGCGCGCCGCCCCCGGACAACCCUGGCCGGGCGCCCCCGACGGUGGAUCUAGCGGCUUCGAGGAAGCGGGCACCGGCCCCGGCGAGCCCUAGCCCCGGCCCCCGGCCCCGGGCCCGGCUCCGGCAUGGAUGUGAGGUUCUACCCCGCGGCGGCCGGGGACCCUGCCGGCCUGGACUUCGCGCAGUGUCUGGGCUACUACGGCUACAGCAAGUUCGGGAGUAACAAUAAUUACAUGAACAUGGCUGAGGCAAACAGUGCUUUCUUUGCAGCCAGUGAGCAGACAUUCCAUACGCCAAGCCUUGGGGAUGAGGAGUUUGAGAUCCCCCCUAUCACACCUCCUCCAGAGUCAGACCCCGCCCUGGGCAUGCCCGAUGUUCUUCUACCCUUUCAAGGCCUCAGUGAUCCACUGCCUUCCCAGGGAAGUGAGUUCACACCCCAGUUUCCCCCUCAAAGCCUGGAUCUUCCUUCCAUUACAAUCUCAAGAAAUCUCGUGGAACAAGAUGGCGUGCUUCAUAGCAGUGGGUUGCAUAUGGACCAGAGCCACACACAAGUGCCCCAGUACCGUCAGGAUCACUCCUUGAUCAUGAGGUCCAUCGUCCACAUGACUGACGCUGCUCGCUCUGGGAUCAUGCCUCCCACUCAGCUCACCACCAUCAACCAGUCUCAGCUCAGCGCCCAGUUGGGGCUGAAUUUGGGAGGGGCCAGUAUGCCACACACGUCUCCUUCACCACCAGCGAGCAAGUCUGCAACCCCUUCCCCUUCCAGCUCCAUCAAUGAAGAGGAUGCUGAUGAAUCCAACAGAGCCAUUGGAGAGAAAAGAGCUGCUCCAGAUUCUGGCAAGAAGCCCAAGACUCCAAAGAAAAAGAAAAAGAAAGAUCCCAACGAGCCCCAGAAGCCGGUAUCAGCAUAUGCCCUGUUUUUCAGGGACACACAGGCUGCAAUUAAAGGGCAAAACCCCAAUGCCACUUUUGGAGAGGUCUCAAAAAUUGUGGCAUCCAUGUGGGACAGCCUUGGCGAAGAACAAAAGCAGGUGUAUAAAAGGAAAACAGAAGCUGCCAAAAAGGAGUACCUGAAGGCCUUGGCCGCAUACCGGGCCAGCCUCGUUUCUAAGGCUGCUGCUGAAUCAGCAGAAGCCCAGACCAUCCGCUCCGUUCAGCAGACCCUGGCGUCCACCAAUCUGACAUCCUCGCUCCUUCUCAACCCUCCGCUGUCGCAACACGCAACCGUGUCGGCCUCCCCUCAGACUCUCCAACAAUCGCUCCCUCGGUCAAUUGCCCCUAAGCCCCUAACCAUGAGACUCCCCAUGAACCAGAUCGUGGCGUCGGUCACCAUUGCAGCCAACAUGCCAUCGAACAUUGGGGCCCCCCUGAUAAGCUCCAUGGGAGCGACCCUGGUGGGCUCGGCCUCUUCCACCCAAGUGAGCCCUUCCGUGCAAACCCAACAGCAGCAGAUGCAGCAGCAGAUGCAGCAGCAGCAGCAACAGCAGCAGCAGCAGCAGCAGAUGCAGCAGAUGCAGCAGCAGCAACUGCAGCAGCACCAAAUGCAUCAGCAGAUCCAGCAGCAGAUGCAGCAGCAGCAUUUCCAGCACCACAUGCAGCAGCACCUGCAGCAGCAGCAGCAACAGCACCUCCAGCAGCAGAUCAGCCAGCAGCAGCUGCAGCAGCAGCUGCAGCAGCACAUGCAGCUGCAGCAGCAGCUGCAGCACAUGCAGCACCCGUCCCAGCCCUCUCCCCGGCAGCACUCCCCCGCCGCCUCCCAGAUGACGUCGCCCCUCCCCGCCAUCGGGAGCCCCCAGCCGGCCUCCCAGCAGCACCAGUCGCAAAUACAGGCUCAGACACAGACUCAAGUACUGUCGCAGGUCAGUAUUUUCUGAAGACGCCCGCGGCAGAGGCAGGUGCGCUCGGGGGUGGGCGCCCGGAAGGAGGGUCCGCCGCGCGCCCGCGGCCGCAGCUCGUUAAGUUGCUGUCCGUGACGCGGAAACGUGUAACAGAUCACAUGGUCCUCUCAAGUGUCUAUUAGAUAGGCAAUAAGAACACAGUGUAGCUGAGUAUCAUCUUCUAGCUGACUAUAAAUCACUUUGUUUUUAAACAAGAGAAGCUGUGCUCUUUUAUGUGAUGCCUUUUUUUAUUUAUUCAGGCUAUAUACCUACAAUAUGUGAAUCAAACAGUUUAACGAACCCUGGGACAUACUGAUGACUGUAGACCGGCCUCUCUCUGAGUCAUAGAAAACGGCCUUAUUUCCUCCCCAGAAGUGAAUAAACCACACUUCGAGGCUAUUUGAACUUCCGGAGCCCUAAAAUAAUAAAAAAGCACAGUCCUAAUUACCUGAAAUACGAAGAUCCGGUUUCAUACAAACAUUUGUAUGACGUGAAUCGUUGAUGGCAUUUUUUGUCAUGAAAAAAAAUAAUGUAAAUCACAGACUUUUGCCAAAGCUCUUAUUUUUUUUUCCUAAAUCUCUCCAGAAAAGAAAAAAAAAAAAAAUGCAAGUGAUUAGAUUCCAUUAUUGACUCAUUUCCACUUUUUUAACCCAUGACUUCUCCAAAUCAGACCACAGUAUAUGUUGUAACGAUAUCUAUGGCCACUGUUAGCCCAUUAUACUCAUUCCAAUUAGAAGAAAAGAAUGUGAAUAUUAUAUUCUGUGUUUUGAGUGACAAGUUUCGAAAAAUAAAAACACUGUAUUUUUAAAAAGGGAAAUGCACUUAAAUGAAAACAGUUAUUACAAAAAGUUAAGAUUUAAAAAAAAAAUGCAAGAGUUUUUAUUAUGAUGUGAUACCGGUAGAAUAUUUAAAAAACGCACCACAUCUGAAUAAUCAAUGUAAAUAUUUUCUUUCAAAGUUGUAAGUUUUCAUAUCAUGUGUUGUAAAGUUUUCAUAAACAAGGCUUUAACGUAAACACUGGUGACAUAAACCAUUCAUUGCUACGUUGCUUAUUGUGUUUUUAUGCUGUUUUAUACUUUUUUAUGAGUUAUGAUAGCAGCAAUUAAGUUGUUUGUAUUUUGCUUAACUAAAACAAAAAUGCUUUUAUCUUGCUAUAGAAUAAACACAUUUCAGUAAAAACUGUGGACUGUAUUUUGAUGCAACAACCAGGAAAAUGUUCACUUUUCAAAUAAAAUGAUAUGUCAAAUUUCA